GAUUCCUCCUGUGUGUUCACUGGUCGCGGGUUCCAGACAAACAGCUGAGCUCUCCCCCUGCGAUGAUAUCCCACCCUGUUAUCUGGGGCUUUCGUGGCAGCGUGAGGUGCUGGCGACACCGGGCUGUCGUCAAAGCGGCUCUUAAGGCCUCGGACAUUAGCGGUUGGCGCUGGUACUCUUCCCCAAGUCGUGUCGGUGUCACGGGCAUGGAGGAGAUACUAGCGAGGGUCGUCGUACCUUUACCCACAUACGAAACGAGAGAUAAAUCCCCCCCUCCCCCUGAAUCGAACAGCUUGGACUUCAUGCACUUCUACAAAAGUCUGGACAAGGAAGACAGACUCGGUUUUCUGACGAAGCUGUCGCAAGACUUCGGUGUAGACCAUAAAAGCGUUUCAGAGCUAGCUGUGAAGUUGCUAGACACUCAGCUACGGGACUUGGCGACUAUUUUGCAAGUUGAAGACAGGCUUCGGUACACAUUGACUCCCCGGUAUAAACAGCUUCUUAAUCAUAUAAGCAGGGUCGAUGGUGGGGUGAAGUUUCUGGUGGAUCUCCGAGCCGAUGUGCUUGAAAUCAUCUCAUCAAAAGCUAGCGAGAGCCCACACAUAAAGGAUCUUAACGGCACGCUGAAGAGCUUGCUGUCUGAGUGGUUCUCUGUAGGUCUGCUGCGACUGGAGAGAAUCACCUGGCAGUCCCCCUGUGAGAUCCUGCAGAAGAUCAGCCAGUAUGAAGCAGUGCAUCCUGUAAGGAACUGGUCUGACCUGAAGCGCAGAGUGGGGCCAUACCGCCGUUGUUAUGCCUUCACCCAUGCCGCCAUGCCAGGAGAACCCCUGGUUGUACUACACGUGGCCCUCACGGAAAACAUUUCUGAUAAUAUUCAGAGUAUCGUCCGUGAGUUUGCCACUCUCGACUCUGAGGAGGAUGUUAAUAAGAUAAAUGCAGCCAUUUUCUAUUCCAUCUCCUCAACCCAGGCUGGCCUUCAAGGGGUGGAGCUGGGCAACUACCUCAUCAAGAGGGUGGUGCGAGAACUGCAGAGUGAGUUCCCUCACAUGGCCCAGUUCUCCAGCCUGUCACCCAUCCCAGGCUUCUCCUCCUGGCUCCAAGGCCUCCUCAGCCAGUACAGAAAGGAAGGCCGGGGCUCUGACCUCCUCUCUGAGCAGGAGUGGAAGGAGGUGGAACAGGCCACUGACUCACCCUCAGGGACCCCAGCUCUAGAUGCCCUUCGCAAGCUGAUCAGCACCAGCGAAUGGUUGCGCUCAGAGCGGCUGUCACGUGUCCUGGAGCCCGUCUUGAUGCGUCUCUGUGCCUGGUACCUCUAUGGGGAGAAACGGCGAGGUUACGCCCUCAACCCAGUGGCUAACUUCCAUCUGCAAAACGGUGCCACCAUGUGGCGACUCAACUGGCAUGCUGACACCAGCCCCAGGGGUGUGGCGAACUCCUGCGGCAUCAUGGUGAACUAUCGUUACUUCCUGAACGAGACCUCUAAAAACAGCGCUCUGUACCUGCAGAAUAAGGUCGUCAUGGCAUCAGAGCAGGUGCUGGGACUGGUGUCCCAAUUUCAGAAGAACAGCAAACUGUGAGAAAGAGACAGCCAUAAAUACUUCUGCUUUUGAUCUGCAGUUGAGAUUGCACUUGAUAUCCCAUAUUUACUGAUGAACUUUAUUUUGUUUGUCUUUAAUAUUUAAUUAAAAAACAGCUCCAGAAGCCCUACUGAGUGGACAUCAACUGAUACUGUUUUUGAAUAGAAAUUAGACCAUUUCUCACAUGACGUGUCUCAUCCCAUCUGCUGUAUCUAGUGCAUAGGUUGGGCUGUUUGCCUCAUUGGGUUUCUAGUAGAAAGUAUUUGAUAUUGUGCAAGUGUUUCCCAGGCUGAGAGACUGUAGCUAAUGAAGCGUGAGGCAUCUAUCAAUGCCUCUCCAUGUUCUUGGAUAACAGUGUGUGUAAUGGUGACGCAGGAGCAAUGAGAGAGUGCAGCUACUGGAAUAAAUGAUGUUUAGGUUCUUUCAUUUAGCUGAACUGUCUCACUGCAAACAUGUUUAGGAAUAGGAGAGUUUUGGAUUUUUUUUUCUUGGGCUGGGUUGAUAUACACCUGCUUUUACAUUGCUUACUCCCACUAAAGCUCAUUGCACAAAAGCAUGAAACCACAGACUGGAAGUAUUAUUUCAUAUUAAAUAACUCUAAACGAAACUGGAUUUAUUUUCUGCUGUGCAUCACAACUGUGCUAACUCUGAUCCUGGUACCUCCAGUCAGGUGUAUUUUUAAUAAUUUUGCCUUCAUAUGCACACACACACACACACACACACACACACAUACACACAUACACACAAGUGGUCAACCUCUCCAGAGAGCCAUCACUGAUGUCCUAACUGCUCUGUACAGGUGCCAAGCAGG